AUGAAAUUGUUAACAAAAUUCGAAUCGAAAUCUACUAGAGCUAAGGGGAUUGCUUUCCAUCCUUCUAGACCAUGGGUGUUAGUGGCUUUAUUCUCUUCUACAAUCCAAUUAUGGGAUUAUAGAAUGGGUACGUUAUUGCACAGGUUUGAAGAUCAUGACGGUCCAGUUAGAGGCAUCGACUUCCAUCCAACACAACCUCUGUUCGUUUCUGCUGGUGACGAUUACACAAUCAAGGUCUGGUCAUUGGAGACAAACAAAUGUCUAUACACUUUAGAAGGUCAUUUGGAUUAUGUUCGUACCGUUUUUUUUCACAGAGAAUUGCCAUGGAUUAUUUCUGCCUCCGAUGAUCAAACUAUUAGAAUAUGGAACUGGCAAAACCGUAAGGAAAUUGCUUGUAUCACUGGUCACAACCAUUUUGUCAUGUGUGCUCAAUUCCAUCCAACUGAAGAUUUGAUUGUUUCUGCAUCAUUGGAUGAAACUGUCAGAGUCUGGGAUAUCUCAAAAUUGAGAGAAAAACAUUCUGCUCCAGGUGGUGCCAACAUUCCAAGCACUUUUGAAGAAAAAAUUGCUGCUCAACAAAACUUACUCGAUGGUGGAUUUGGCGACUGUACCGUCAAAUUUAUUCUAGAAGGUCACACAAGAGGUGUUAACUGGGCUUCUUUCCAUCCAACUUUACCACUGAUUGUAUCCGGUGGUGAUGACCGUCAAGUUAAAUUAUGGAAAAUGAGUGCCACUAAAGCUUGGGAACUGGAUUCUUGUAGAGGCCAUACCAAUAAUGUCGAUAGUGUUAUUUUCCAUCCAACUCAAAACUUAAUAAUAUCUGUUGGCGAAGAUAAAACUUUAAGAAUUUGGGACUUAGACAAGAGAGUCCCAGUUAAACAAUUCAAGAGAGAAAAUGAUAGAUUUUGGUUAAUUGCUGCACACCCAAACAUUAACUUAUUUGGUGCCGCACAUGACUCCGGUAUCAUGAUCUUUAAAUUAGAUCGUGAAAGACCAGCGUUUAACAUUUACCAAAAUAACUUAUUCUACGUUAAUAACGAAAAACAAUUACAGACUUUCGACUAUAACAAUAAAGUCUCUUCCUUACCUUAUGUUUCCUUAAAGAAAUUAGGUGAAACCUGGGUUGCGUUUAGAAGUAUUUCAUAUAAUCCUUCACAACAUUCCGUCCUAGUUAACCAAGGUGAUGACCAUUACAGUCUAGUUGUUUUACCAAAACAACCAACUGGUCCAGUUGACCCAACUAGUGUUGUCGAUGGCGAUGGUUUAUUUGCUCAAUUUGUUGCUCGUAACAGAUUUGCUACUUACAACAAGAAGAACAAUGUCAUAGAAAUUCGUUCUUUAGAUAACAAGGUUACCAAGUCCAUCAAUAUUGACAGUUCUGUCAGAGAUAUGGCUUAUGGUGGCCCAGGUAUGCUAUUGGUACUACAAGCUAAGGCCGUUACAUUGUUAGAUGUUCAACAAGGUAAGCCAGUUGCUUCAAUUCCUUUAAAGAAUGUUAAAUACAUUUCUUGGUCUCCAGAUGGUCAAUACUUAGCUCUUAUUAGCAAGCAUACCAUCUCUAUUACCAACAAAAAGUUACAAAUGGUUUACACAAGACAUGAGACUAUUCGUGUCAAGAGUAUUGCUUGGGAUGAAACUAAUGUUUUGAUUUACUCUACAUUGAACCAUAUUAAAUACUUAUUGUUAAAUGGUGAUUUAGGUAUUAUCAAGACUUUAGAAAAAACUUUAUAUAUCACUAGAGUCCAAGGUAAAUUAUUGUACACUUUAAACCGUGAUGGUGAAGUUCAAAUUUUAUCAAUUGAUCCAACUGAAUACCGUUUCAAGAAGGCUUUAACAAACGGUAACUAUCCUGAAGUUAUGCGUAUAAUUAAGAACUCCAAUUUAGUGGGUCAAAAUAUUAUUUCUUACCUACAGAAAUCUGGUCAUCCAGAUGUUGCUUUGCAAUUUGUUCAAGACCCACAAACUAGAUUCGACUUAUCUGUUGAAUAUGGUAAUUUGGAUGUUGCACUAACUGAAGCUAAGAAACUAGAUAACUCCAGUACUUGGACUAGAUUAAGAACAGAAGCUAUGACCCAAGGUAAUAUAAAGAUUGUUGAAUUAGUCGAUCAAACUUUAAGAUCAUUUGAUCAAUUAUCUUUCUUAUAUUUGAUUGGCGGUGAAAGAACUAAAUUAUCAAAGAUGGAAAGUGUUGCACAAAGUAGAAACGAUAUUUCUAGUUCCAUCUUAAACAGUGUUUAUAACAAUUCGAUUACUCACAGAUCAAACAUUUUUGCUAAUGCUGGUUCGUUGCCUCUAGCUUAUGCUGUUGCUAAGGCAAAUGGUGAUGAGGAUGCUGCCGCUGCUUACCUAGAACAAGCUGGCAUUGACGAACAAGACGUUACUUUACCUGAUGUAAUGAAUCCAUCUAAUUUCGUUAAAGAGCCUGUUAUUCAACCAAUGGAAAGCUGGCCAUUAAAUGAAGCGGAAUUAUCCUAUUUCGAAAAGGCUGUUUUAGGUCAAAUUGAAGAUUUAAGCUUGGAUGAACCUGUCGAAGAUGAAAGCGUUUCCAGAUCGCAUGUGCAAGGUGAAGAUGCCUUCUUCGACGACGAAGAUGCUGCCGAAGGCGAAGAUGCAUGGGACAUGGGUGAUGACGAUUUAGAUAUCGAUGAAACUUCAGUUAUUGCACCAACUGCUGUCGAAGAUCAAGCUGCUGUCGUUUCUACUCCAGGCUUAGAUCAAGAGACUUCUAUUUGGGUCAAGAACUCUAAAUUACCAGCAGUUUUAGCUGCUUCUGGUGCUUUCGAUGCCGCUGGCCAUGCUUUAAAUAAACAAGUCGGUAUUGUUAACUUCGAACCUCUAAGAAAAUACUUUGUUGAAAUUUAUGAAGGUAGCAGAACCUAUAUGAUUUCUGAACCAUCUGAAUUACCCAGUAUCCAAGGUCAUAUUCGUGCUUUUGCUGAUGAACCACAAGAAGCUGAAAUUUUGCCUUACAUUCCAGGUGUUGAUGUUGUCACUGCCAAGAUGAAUGAAGGUUUUAAACAUUUCAAGGCCAACAAAUUGACCGAAGCUAUUGAAUCGUUCCGUUCAGCUAUUUAUCACAUCGUCUUGUUAGUUGUAUACAAUGAAGAGGAUGAAAAGUUUGCUCGCAGCACCUUAGAAAAAGCUAGAGAAUAUAUUUUAGGUCUAUCGAUCGAAUUAGCUCGCCGUGCCCUACCUGAAGAUGAUAUUAAACGUAACCUAGAACUGGCUGCUUACUUCACGAAGGCCAAGUUAGCUCCAGCCCAUCACAGUAACGCUCUACAAGUUGCAAUGUCUCAAAACUUCAAGAAUAAGAACUUUGUACAAGCUUCUUACUUCGCUGGUAAGUUCCUACAAAUCAUGGACUCGGGUCCAAGAGCUGAGCAAGCCAAAAAAAUCAAGGAUAAAUCUGAUUCCUUAGCUAAUGAUGCUGUUGAAAUCGAUUUCGAUCCGUAUGCUGAGUUUGACAUCUGUGCUUCAUCUUACACUCCAAUAUAUAAAGGUGAACCUAGCGUUCAAGAUCCAUUAACUGGUGCUAAAUAUCACAGUUCUGAAAAGGACAAUAUCGAUAAAAUUGCCUUAAUCUCUAAAGUUGGUACUCCAGCCUCCGGUUUGAGAAUUUUAAUUUAA